UGGUUGUGGGCUCUCUGACAAGAACUACAUUUAUAAUACAUAAACGAAUACUUAGGAACAAAUAUCUGUGUAAAUGGACUGGACAGCGAGUACAGUGGAACCUGUUUGUUCUCCUCGAGGUCAAUUUAUCUCAAUCUUGCAGCAACGCCGAAUUUUGCUCACUGUUUUUAGACGACAAAGUACUCUUGUUCGAGUUGUUGAGUUAAAAAUAUCUUUUAAGGUCGUUUUCAGUGUUUUUUUAUCGAAACCGUUAUACCUAUUAUCUUUAAAUUGUUUUUAAAGUGCGUGGCUAUUAGUAUUUACAUACGUUUGUUUCGUUCGAUUAUGAAAGAAUUUUAUUUGAAAACCGAUCACAUUAUAAAUAUCUAUUACCUACAUGUAUCCACUUACGAAUUUUAUGCAUCAUAACUUAAUUAAUAAGCAUUAAAAUUCCACAUUAAAGAAUGAAAUGUUAUGCCUACCUACUGAGAAUAAUUGAAAACUUUAUAAAAUGAAGUAAAUAGUAUUAAACACUAAUUCUGUAAACUCAAAUAUAAAACAGUUUAAACUUAAAAAACUACACUUGUACUAUUUAUUAGGUAGUGAUAUGAUGGCAAUUAAUAAAGGCUACUAAUUUCGACUAAAAUUAAUAAGAAAUAUACAGAAUUAUUAACUCCUAUAUUACUUAAUUCGGAAUGAAAUUUCUAACACUGGGACUACUAUUAAUGUGUGGUGUGCCGCUGAUUGCCCACGGAGCCCCCGACAAGCCCGCACUUCGGAUCCCCUCUAAUAGCAAGGACUGGAUACGCAAGGAGGUCAGCGCCAUCAUCCAUAUGACCUUGGAGUUUGUCAAAGAUAUGGACUUGAAAAUGCGUGACGUCCGCCGCAUUGAGCGCUACUACUACGGAACCAUGGACUUCGGCGCCGGGCGCAUAUACACCGCCAUCGGCAACAAGUUCGAUCACAUGUGUUCUUUGUACAAGAACACCUCGCAGAUAAGUUAUAUAAUAGAGCAGGAGAGGAAUCUGCGCUCGGAUGUCGUCGGCAUGCUGCAGUUCAUGUUGAGUGACUACAUGGAGUUCCUGUCGCUGAUAGACCUGUUCAAGGAGCGCUACACACACUGGAAGACGUCCUCGCUCCACUGGCUGCUGCGCGACACCAUCAAGAAGUUCCUGGUCUCCAGAGAAAUUUAUCCUGAGAGAUGGGAGGAACGGGAAGACGAAUGGCGCUAAUUUUGGAAAUUAUUCGAAGCACAAGAUUUGUUAAACUCCAUAGACUUUAAGGGGGAGCUAACCCAAAAUUGCAGAUUUACUAUCGUAUUUUUACACAUUUUAAUCUAAGGCUAAUGUAAUGAGCAUACACCGGGGUUUUUGGUGUUAGAAUAAUUUCAUGUGUUUAUAACUAUGUUUAUUGUAAAAUAAUGUUUAUAGUAGUUAUAUGUAGGGUUGCCAUAACUAUUGGGAACGGAUACGGAACAAUGGGGUAGUCAGUGACGGGGCAAGACCAAAAUUUUAUGUGGGCAAGGUACAUGUAGCGAGGCCCUCUGGUGGCGCAAGAAAUAACGAACAUUUUUACGUUGUGUCCGAGAUAUUAUACUUAUUUGAGGCGCGAGGCCGUAGGCGGAGGCCCAUGUCGCCCACGCCUAACGCCUUUGGGGGUAGUAAUGGUAUCACGGGGGGGGAGGGUGCAAAUACAUGCGGGACAGGUAAAAAUUUGGGACGCGACACUUAAAUACGGUGACAGUACAAUACGUAUGGCGAACCUAGUUAUAUGUAGUAAGUAUACUUCAGAAAUAUUAUUAUACGUAAAACCCGUAAAUCUUCCGUCCUUCCGAUUUGACGUGCGAGCGGGAUGUCGCUAUAAUACACGCAUAGCGUUGUCUCGCUCAAACUUGGAUGAAGUGCGAAUCAGACGCAGUGUGCCAUGCCCCUUACGCCACCUCUUAGGUAAUAGAUAAUACUAUUUUCUCAAACAUGCAAUGAAAUAUUGAUUUUAGGCUGCGAAGUAUGACGUCUCAAGUGUGGCUAGGACAAGAUAUCGCUAAUGGAAUUUCAUACAAAUCUUGCAGGCCUAGGCCGGCAAAGUCCUCUUUUUUAAUUUCCAUUCCACAUACAUUUGUGGCACAGGCAUCAUGACAUUCUGCCACUAUGCAUAUUAAUAAA